AUGGUACAUCCUGAUGUUUAUGAGAAAAAAGGUACUAAAAUUAUUAAUAAUUUUAGCUAUUGCUUUAGAGAAAGCUUUAUUAAGUAUUUACUAUGGAAGGUAUUAAUAUAAUUUUGCAACUGUGAUAAAUAAAAGUUAAGUAACUAUUUUUUUAGUCAAGAGAUAAGUAAUAAAUAAUGAUAUUUUUUAAUAGUUUAAGCUCUAAAGUAUAAACCAUUAUAUAUAUAUAUUACAAUAUAAUCAGAAUUAAAUGAAUAAGAUUAGCUCAUUAAAUUAUGUAAUGAAUUCAUACAUAAAAUGAUAUAUAUAUAUAUACAUUCAUAUAUUAUUUUGAAUUUAGCCUAAGCAUUAUUUAAAUAACGCAUGUUUGAAUAAGUUAUUGAAUCUUGGGAUGAAGUGAUUAAAAAAAAAGAAAGAUAACAAGAAUAUUAUGUUGAAAAAAGUAUUUUAAAUAGAACUAUUUUUUAGUCAAAGCUGUAAAUGAGUAAAAUGGAUAUCCAGAGGCCAUUUAAAUUUGUAAUAUUGUAAUCAAUUUGUAAUUAGAUAAUGAAAUAGAUAUAUAAAAUUGGAAAAGUAUCAAAUAAUCUAAGUCUAAUUAGUGA